AUGGAAGGUGCAAAUAAAUGUGUUAUAGGAACAAAGAUAUUUAUCAGAGACAAAAAUAAAGUAUGGGCUAGCGCUGAGAUUAUAAAUGAAGAUGAAGAUAAUAUUAUUGUUAAAACUGAAGAUGAUGAUAUAAUAAAAUUAAAAGAAACUGAUGAAUUUUAUCUUCGAAAUUUAGAUUUAUUUGAUUCGAGCGGAUUGUCUGCUCCCUCAGAUUUAACAAAGUUAACCCACUUACAUGAAGCUUCGAUACUACAUAGUUUGAAUGUUCGUUUUGAUAUUGAUGAGAUAUAUACAUUUACAGGUCCCAUAUUAAUAGCUGUAAAUCCUUUUAAGAUUAUAAAAGAUUUAUAUUCAGAUAACAUGCUAGCUAAACAUGUUCAGCCUAUAAAAUCUAAGAGUCCUCACAUAUUCGCUACUUCUAAUAGUGCUUAUUUAGGUAUGUGUAAUAAUAACAAAUCACAGACAAUAUUAAUAAGUGGUGAAUCCGGUGCUGGAAAAACAGAAUCAACAAAAUAUGUAAUGAAAUUUUUAGCAUGUGCAGGUUCAGAUAUAAAAAAAAGAUCUUUAAUAGAAUCACAAGUAUUAGAAAGUAAUCCUCUUUUAGAAGCAUUUGGUAAUGCAAGAACUUUAAGAAAUAAUAAUUCUAGUAGAUUCGGAAAAUAUAUUGAAUUACAAUUUUCUGUUGAUCAUAAAAAUUAUAUUAAAGGUAAAUUAUGUGGUGCUAAAAUUUUAACUUAUUUAUUAGAAAAAGUUCGUGUGUGUGAUCAACAAGAAGGAGAAAGAAAUUAUCAUAUUUUUUAUCAACUGUGUAAAGCUGUAAAAGAAGCCAAUAAUGUAGAUAAUUCAACUAUUAAUAAUAAUGAAAAUGGACAUGUUGAAAAAUAUAUUACUGAUACAUGUGAUGAACAUUUAAAUAAUGAUAUUUCCAAAAAAAAUAAUAUAUAUAAAGAAGAUAAAAAAAAAUGGUAUCAAUUUCCUAGUACAAGCAAAUUUAAAAAUUUAGAAAAUGUAGAACCUAUGAAAAUAGAUUUUACAGAUUUUAAAGAACAUGUACAUUUUAGAUACUUAACAAAGUCUAGUGUAUAUGAAUUAAAUGAAGUUAAUGAAUUAGAAGAAUUCGAAUCAACUGUGCAUGCUAUGCAAACUAUUGGUAUUAGUAAUACAGAACAAUAUCAGAUAUUUAAAAUUUUAGAAGGUAUAUUAUAUAUAGGAAAUAUUUUAUUUAAUAAUGAUGACACAAAAGAGGAAGCUACUAUAUUAGAAGUAUCUAAUGAUGAUUUAAAAAAAGCAGCAUAUUUUUUAGAUGUUGAUGAAAAUGAUUUAAUAAAUUCUUUAUGUUUUAAAACAAUAAUAGCAAAUAAUGAACAUUAUAAGAAACCUGUGAAUUCAAAUAUAGCUAAUGAUAUUAGAGAUGCAUUAGCUAGAGCUAUAUAUGGAUGCUUAUUUUUAAAAGUUGUUGAAAGAACAAAUCAAUCUAUAGGAUAUAUAAAAGAUUUAAAUUUAUUUUGUGGGGUUCUAGAUAUAUUCGGUUUUGAAUCAUUCCCAAUUAAUUCAUUUGAACAAUUAUGUAUUAAUUAUACAAAUGAGUGUUUACAACAAUUUUUUAAUAACUUCAUAUUUAAAUGUGAAGAAAAAUUAUAUAUGGAAGAAGGGAUUCUAUGGGAUCCAUUAGAUUUCCCAGAUAAUAAAGAUUGUUUAGAUAUAUUAGAAUCGAAACCAUAUGGUGUAUUUUGUAUGCUCGAUGAAGAAUGUUAUAUACCAUCAGGUAAAGAUAAAAGUUUUUGUAGCAAAAUUAUAAGUAAACACACAUCAAAUAGUAGUAAUAAUAAUAACACAUCGAAUAAAAGAUUUAAAUCUAUCAAAACAGAUUCUAGUAGUUUUAUUAUUGUACAUUUUGCUGGGCAAGUUGUUUAUAAUUCUACCGGUUUUCUUGAAAAAAAUAAGGAUCAAUUAUCUUUAGAUGCACAAAAAUUGUUGUUACAUAGUAAGAAUGAAUAUGUAUCACAUCUUUUUCAAACCUAUUUAAGAAGAAAUACAGAUAAAAGAAAAUUUGUUACCGUUUCUAGCGAAUUUAAAGAACAACUCAAUUUAUUAAUGACAAGAAUAAAAGAAACAGAACCACAUUUUAUUAGAUGUAUAAAACCAAAUUCACAAAACGUACCAGAUGUAUUUGAUAGAAUAUCAGUAAACGAACAAUUAAAAUAUGGAGGUGUUCUACAAGCUAUAAAAGUAAGUCGUGCAGGUUACCCAGUUAGAUUAUCUCACGCAGAAUGUGUUCAAGAUUAUAAAAUUCUUUUAAAUAAAGAAGACAGAAACAAAUUAGAAAUGUAUAAUAAGGAUAACAAACCAUGGUCUUAUAAGGCUAAUUUUAUACUCUCCAAGUUGUAUGUAACUCAACCGAUACAAGAAUAUAUAAAUAAUCUAAAGUUGUUGAAGCACAAAAAAAAAGAAGAGGAAAAUAAAUUUUUUCGAAAACUUUCUUCAAAGAAGAAAAAGGUGCAACACAAAACUACUGAGAUGAAUGGUGUGUCAAGUGGUAAUGUAGGAAUUGAUAAUAAGGAUACAAAUAUGAAGGAUGACACAAAUAUGAAGGAUGACACAAAUGUGAAGGAUGACACAAAUGUGAAGGAUGACACAAAUAUAAAAGAUGACACAAAUAUAAAAGACGACACAAAUAUAAACGACGACACAAAUAUAAAAGAUGACACAAAUAUAAAAGAUGACACAAAUAUAAACGACGACACAAAUAUAAAAAAUAACACGAAUAAAAAUAUUGAAAAGCUUCCCUGUUGUCAUCCUAAUGAGAUAGACGACGAAAAAAACAAUUUGCUCAUAUGGUCUGUAGGUAAAAAUUUAUGCUUUUUUAAAAGUGAUGCAUAUAAUAUUUUAUCAACCCUAAGAAGUGAUCUUCGUAGUUUAAAGGCCAUUGUUAUUCAAAAGAAUUAUAAGGCAUAUACACAAAAAAAAUUAUACAUAUUAAUGAAAAAAAAAAUUGUGAUUAUACAACGAUGGUUUAGAAAUAGAUUAGAUAUUAUAAGAAAAGAGAAAUUAAAAAGACAAGAAGCCGAAAAGUUAAUUUGUUCUCAUAUAUAUACAUAUAUAAUUAGAAAGAGAUUUUUAUUUAAAAGAAAUUGUUGUAUUCUUAUACAGUCACAUAUAAGAAAAUAUUUAAUGGUAAAAUUUUAUAAAACAUAUAGACAGAAUUAUUAUGCAAGUAAAAUACAAGCAACAUGGAAAGCUUACAAAGAACAUACAUUUUAUAAAAAAUUAUUGAAAGCUACUAAAAAAAUACAAUUAAAUUGGAAGGGCAUAUUAGCUAGAAAACAAUUGAGAAGAUUAAAAAUGGAAUCUAAAGAAGUGGGUUCUUUAUUAUCAAAAAAUCAAGUAUUAAUGAAUGAAUUAAAAAAAGAAAAAACGGAAAAAAUAGAAAUAGAAAGUAAACUAUUAAAAGCAUCUGCAAAAAUUGAUAAGCUGAUUAAAAAAAUUGAUAAUCUAGAAAAAGAUAAUAAAAAUAAUGAGAAAGUAAUAAAGGACUUGUUACAUAAGGUUUCUUUAUUAUCUCAUAAACAAUCAAAUGAUUAUAUAUCAUCCAAACAUGUAUCUAAAAAAAAUGAAAAUAUUAAACUGAAAAAAAAUAAUAAAGAACUUAAUAAGGAUAUUAUGAUUCCUUUAAAGAGGGAAGAUACAGCACAUGUUGAUAGUGCAGAAAUUUUUUGUGUCCAACGUAAUGAUAUGCAUGAUGAUCAUAAUGAUGUGCGUAAUAGUUUUAGCACUGACACGAACGUAACAAACUAUAUAAAUAAUAAUAAUAUGAGUAAUAAUAAUAAUAAUAAUAAUAAUAAUAAUGAUGGUGAUAAUAGUAAGGAUAAUAAUUUGAUAUUUACAGAAGAAAGAAUAGAAGACCAAAAAAUAAGGAAUACAAUAAAAAAUGAAGAGAAUGAAGAAAAAUAUAAUUUAUUAAAAAAAAUAAAAAAGUUAGAAAUUCAAAAUAAAGAGUAUAUAAAACAAAAUGUAACAUUAAAUGAUAAAUAUAAUAAAUUAAUAAGUUUAUUAAGACAAAUUAAAGAUACAAAUGGUAAUGUAUAUAAUGAUGUUAUAAAUAAUAAUAAUAUGAAUAAUUAUCAUAAUAGUGGUAUAUCAAAUAAGUUGUUUAAUAAUAAUUAUUGUAAUAAUAAAUAUUUUAAAAAUUUUAUGAAUUUUUCGAGCUAUAAUAGUAAUCCUUUAAUAAUAGACUAUAAAAUUGAAAAUAAUUUAAAUUAUGAUAAUAAGAGUUCUUUUAAAAAAAAUGAUGGAAUUGUAGAUAUUCUUGUAUGUGGUCCAAGGAAUGUAGGGAAGACGAGUUUGUUAGAAGAUUUAUUUGUGCGUUUAGGAGAUGAAGAUAAUUUAGGUUUAUUAAGAAAAAAUAAAAAGGUUGUAAAUAAUGAUUUAAGUUGUCAUAAUUAUUACAAUACAUAUAUUAUAACACAUAAAUGUUCACAAAUAAAAAUUGUAGAUUGUGCAUAUUCAUCGAAUAAAAAUGUUGAAGAAUCCUUAUUUAAUUAUAUAAAAAAUUCUAUAUGUAUUAUAAUAGUAUUUGAUGCUACAAAUAAAGAAUCAAUAAAUCCAGCAGUGCAUUUAUUACAAGAAGCUUCAUUAAUUAAUGUAAAGAAAACAACUAAAUUAUAUUUAUUUGAGAAUAUAUUUAAUGAAAAAAUUAAUUUAAAUCUUAAUAUAAAUGAUGUAUCCUAUGCUGUACGUGUAGCUAAAGCAUGUAAUGCAUUUUAUAUAAAAGCAUUAGAUAUAUAUGAUAUAGUUAAUAAUUAUGCGAAUGAAAUAACAUUACAUUCUAAUUAUUUCUUGGAUAAUUCUCAUAAUAAUUAUAAUUAUGUUACAUCUGUUUAUAAUAAUCAAUAUGGUCAUCAACAUAAUAAUAUUAAGGAUAAAGAUAAAUAUGGUAACGAAUCAGCAUACUUUAAUCAUAUAAACAAAAUUAAAAAGAAAACUCACAGUUUUAUGUCUUUAUAUCAUGAUGAAUCUUUUAAAGAUAGUGACGACGCUUUCUUAUCAUCUUUUGUAAAUAAAUCCAACGAUGUAAUAAAAUCUAAACGAGUAGACCUAAGCAAAAAUAAAUAUUAUCAAAAUAUUACUACUACUAGUAGUAGUAAUAAUAAUAAUAUUUAUUCAGUUGUGAAUACUAUAAAAGCUAUAUGUGGCAUUCAGAAUAACAAUAAGAAGAAUCAACACUUACAAUUGUUGAGGGAAUCCAUGCCAUUAAACAAUUAUGUAUAUGGUAAUAAAAAAUAUAAUUCAGAUCUUGGAAGAGGUUUACAACCAGUGUAUGAAAUAACUCUUAAAGGGAAUACACCUAUAACAUAUUUGUGUAUGGGUCAAGAUAAUGUGAAUAAAAAUUAUAUAUUAUUAUCUGUAGGAUGUAAGGAUGGGGUUAUAUAUGUAUAUAAGUGUUUUAGAACAAGUUUAGAGUUAAAAAAUGAUUACUAUUAUUAUUACAAUGACGAUAGUAGUAUAUACAACAGUAAUAAUAAUAAUAUGGGUAACGUGGAAUACAACAUGAAUAAUAAUAUGGAUAACAUGAAUAUACAAAAUAAUGAUAAUCAUAAUAAUAAUAAUAAUAAUAAUAAUAAUAUUGUUGGGUGUGAGGAGAGUGGGAAGAAAAAGAGCAUUAUGUCAUUAAAGAAUGAUAGUUAUAAUUCAUAUGAUGAAAAUAGCACAUGCACAAAAUUAUUAUCCAAAUUAUCAGGUCAUAAAAGGGCAAUAACAUGUUUAGUUUUUUCCUUUUCAGAAGAUAAAAUAAUUUCAUCAUCAAUAGAUAAAACAAUAAAAAUAUGGGAAGUAUCUACAGGUUUUUUAUUAAAAGUAUUUUCUGAUUCUUCAGCAACAUUAUCUGUAUUAUUAUUUCCAACGAAUCUAGACAUUUUUUUAUGUUCAAACUGUACAUCUUUAUUACGAAUAGUAAAUUUAAACAGUGGUCAAGUAUAUCAAAAAGUUAAAGUCGAGAGUGAGAUAAGAGCACUGGAAAUGGAUGAUACUUGUUUAAAUAUAUUUGCAGGUUCAAAAAAUGGAACAAUAUAUGUAUUAGAAGUUAUAUAUAAUGAAAGAGUAGAAAUAAAAUUUCGUUUCCUUUUUUCUUUAUCACCAAUAACAUGUAUAAAGUUUAUACCAAGACAUUCAAUUAAAACAUCUCCAGGAAUUAUUGUAAAUUCAUGUGAUAAUCAUAUAGGUAUUAUAGAAUGUGUAUAUGGAAACAAAGGAAUAUUAACAACAUUAUCUGUCAAACAUAGAAUACGAAUAAAUCAUGCAUUGCUUCCUAUACGUAAUUGUUAUUCAAAAUAUGGAGGAGGAUGGGUGAUGUCAGGUUCAGAGGACGGAAACAUAUAUAUUUGUUCUUUGUUACCUCAAUCGAAUUAUAAGUUGAUCUUUUUAAAGCACCACAAGGCACCCGUAAUGGCUGUUGUUGUUAAUAGCAUUGAUACUUUAAUGGUUUCAGCAGAUUCAAAAGGAAACAUAGUUUUUUGGCGUAGAUCCUUUGUAUAA